AUCUCCCAUCGUGAAAAAAUACAAAGAUGGUGGACGGAAGUCUGGUUGUGUUGCUGUAGAGGAAGAAAAUCAGGUUUUUCCUAUCUUCUGUGCAAACUUUGACCUUUAUCUCAGUAAACACGUAACCCAACAUGAGUUCUGAAACGUCGAAGGAUGACAGGAGGGGCGAAAAAAGGCAAGCGCCGUCCUCAGAGUCAGUGGACAUCCAUUCAGCUAACCGCUGGGAGUCUGCAGACCUCGGCGAUGAUCAACGUAAACAAAAGUUCCUCAGGUUAAUGGGUGCCAGCAAGAGGAAAGAACAUCAUGGCAAGAUCCACAUCGGAGAAAGUCACAAGCUCCUGGUUCAUUCUCGGAGUGGUGAAGAGGAGCGACAUGUGCAGCAGGACCUAGAACAUCAGUUCCAACAGGGACUGGAAAGCAAACUUACAGGUAAAGCCAGGCGCCAUGUUGGGCUGGGCUACCAGGAACCAGAACCAGAGGAUCAUGGGGAGGGUCAGAGGUCACAGCCAAGUGCAGAAAGUAACCCCACAUCUUCUCAAUCUCAAGAUGAUUCCAAUUCUAAGACAGAGAAGAAGGAAGAAAAGAAGGGCACUGACUUAUCUACAAAGCCACCAGAUUCUACUCAAGAAAAAGGAGAAACUGAAAAAGAUCAUAGAAGUAAAGAAUUGUAGUGGUUUUCAUUUAGGUGACACAUACGUAACUUAGGAUAUGACAACUAAUUGCAAAGUACUAGUAAUUUGGCAUGAGUCCGAAAAUCUUCAAUCACAGUUGUUAUAUAAUCAUGCCACUCAGAUAUAACAAUGUGGCUGCAACUUGUCACCAAUCAAGAAAUCACUGUAAGAUCCUCUCUGUGUACCGCAGAAUUAGAAAAUAAAAGGACAUUUUAUAUAGAGAUAAUGUCCUUGAAAAUAGGAAUGUAUGUUGUGUUUGUAUUAAUAAAGAAGAGUUAAGAUACAAAACAAUGUUUCAAAGCUGUUUGAUUACAAGUACAAGAUACAUGUAUUUUCUAGUUUUGAACUUCAUGUCCUUUUUAAGAUGGGCUUCCAUUGACUAAUUUAAAGUACAAUUUUGUAUUUCAAAUAUCUUUGUGAUGAGUGCUAAUGAAAAAUGAACAGUCACAUAUUGUAAACUAUUCUGUGACAAAACCAUUUAGGCCACAUUGACUUAAUUUUAUGGAUGACAUCCGCACGCGCAUUGAUUUUCAUCUGUUCAUUCUAUCAUACUCAGUGCCUUACCCCAGCACAUACAUUAAAACAUACAUUCAUAAAAAUUACAAACUCAACAAUAUAAAAAAAACGUUACAACACAGUCACAUUAUAGGCACAUUCAGUUCAUUUUCCAAGUUCAGUCCUCUCCACUAGUCUACAGUCUGUUUUUCUUUCUAAAUGCUAAUGUUGACGUCAGUUUCCGCUGAUCAGCAGCGAGACUGUUCCACAGGACAGGCCCUUGGUACUGCAGGCUGCCCUUGAAGGAUUCCACAUGUGCUUUAGGAGUGUCCAGCAUGUGAGGGUCGAAGCUGUAGAACUGUUUCGUAGCAGUGCGAGUACGAACUCUGAACACUGGGGGUGACAGCCAUUUGAACAUAUGUGUCAUGUAGGCAGGUGCCUUGUGGCGAACUGCCUUGUGUACAGUUACUAAUGUGUUCAAUUUCACCCUUUAGUAGAUAGCACAUAGUAGUCUCCAAGCAGAUGUUAGAUAAUGUACUUCAGCAUUUUUCGUCUUCACUAGUUGUACACCAGAACUACACAAUUAUGCUACUUGUAGCGACCGGCCCUAGUUCUAGUAUACUACAGACUAUCAAACAUUGCAAGAAAGCCAGAGAUGUACUUGUAUUUUGUAUGCUGAAAGAUUGUAUCCAAAUGAACCGAAUAAGUUU